AGAUGCAAAAAUGAUAUGAUUGAUAUUUUGUUGCCAGAUAUUAAAAAGAGCAUCACGCUAAGGUGUGUGACUGUCGUGAGGGAAGAACCUUAAGCAAUUUUGUUAAAAGAAGAAAACUUAAUGUCUUCUAACACUGAGCUUGAAGGUGAUGUCAUGGAAGUGCAGGCACAUAAAGGCAUACACAAAAAUGUUGAAGACCUCCUGGAGGCUACAGAAGCUUUUAAUGGUACAGAUGAGCUGAAAGAUACCAAAGAAAAGAUUGAAGAUGAGAUUAUGAAAGAUGAGACUGAUGAAAACCAGGCGGUUGAUGAUAAACCUCCUUCUAUCCCUUGUCAUGUCACAAGGAGCAGUGUCAGCUCUGUUCCUCAAAACAAUGAGAUCCCUCCUACCAUCGCCUCAUUAAUCCUGGAAGAUGUUAUCUCCACAGCAAUGUCGCAGUCGCCAUCUGAAACCUGCAGUAUCGAUCUGCUACAAGGUCAUGCAAAAUCUAAUGCAAGGAUACCUUCUGGUAGAGCUGGAUUACCAGAAUCUGGUGUCUUACGUCAGUCUUGUAUCGUUCUUCCUCCUACUUCCUCACUGUCUGGUAUUCUUGUUAAGACCAGUUCUAACACCCCUUCUCCUGCUAAGAAAGUUGGAUUCAAACUUCCUAGUCAGCUGGGUGCCUGUGAUUCACCACGGAUAGGGAAGUCUGAGUUUACCCCUAGAGCUGUAGUUGGAUCAUCACCUGAAAGUAUUCAUCAGAUUUCUCAAUUUAUCCAGAAAACGCAGAUUUCUAAUCAGGUUGAUGAAUCCAGAACAGAGUUGGUUAAGCGGAAACUGUUUGAUGCGAAUACUGAACCCCAGUUAGAUAUUAUUCGCUUUGCCAAGAAGAAAAGAGUCGGUAAAUCUGCUAAAGCUGGAAUAGUAUUCCCUGUUACGAGGAUGAUCAGUAAACUUAAAAAGGGCAGGUAUGCACGUCAUAUUGGUGUAGGGGCAGGGGUGUAUAUGGCUGCUGUAUUGGAGUACCUAGUGGCUGAAAUACUAGAGCUUUCGGGAAAUUUUACAAGAUAUCAUAACCGUGCGCGCAUCACUCCCCGUUCUAUUCUUCUCACGCUGAAACAUGAUUCAGAAUUAGACGAACUCACCAGAACUGUUACUAUCCCACAGGGCGGAGUUCGACCUUGUAUACAUCCUUCUCUACUUCCUGCUGAUUCUUCUACUUAAUGUUAAACAAGUACAUACUAGUUUGCAGUGCAGUACAUAAUAGUUUGUAGUGCAGUACCACAAGUUUGCAGUGCAGCACAUAAUAGUUAGCAGUGCGGUAAAAAUCUUUUUUGUUCAGUACAUACUAGUUUGCAGUGCACUACAUAAUAGUUUGUAGUGCAGUACAUACUAGUUUGCAGUGUAGUAGUUGAAAUUACAAUCUGGGGCUGAAUAGCUCUAGAAUGUAUAGUAAAUAAUAUAUUCUUCUACUCAUCAUACAGUUUACCCAGAACUUGGAAGACUAUGAACUUUAUAUAAUUUCGUUUUCUAACCCUACUGAUUAUGUUAAGUAUUUCAAUUGAAUAAUUAUAUGAAGCUCUUUUAACUGUUCCCGCGUAUUUCAUGUUUAGCCAUUAACUUGUUUAUUUUUACAAUUGCUAAAAACUAGGUUUAACCGUAUAAAACCCAUUGAAAAUAUCACGUUAGCCCAAACCUUGUGGGUUAACACUUAACACAUGGUUGGAUUAGACUUUUUAUUGAUCAGAGUUGAGUAUGUCAUGUUGCUGAGAUAGGAUGAUUUUAAAAAAGAGCGAGAAAACUUCAAAAAAGCAAAAUUGGUGUGUUGGUUUCCGAAGUUCUGAUAUUAACUGUUUAGUAUAAUAUAUAAUGUAAUCAUAGUUAGAUUAUUGCACCAGUGCGCUUUUACUGUAACGAUAUUUAAAUAUAUCAUGUUAUGGGAUAAAUGUCGUUGAAAGUUAUUUUUACUUUCAAAUGAAUACAAUUAUACAUACUGUUUAUUUAUUUACUAAGAGAUGUAAUAAAUGCUGUAUUUUCA